CUAUAUCAAUAACAUCAUUUGCAUAUGAUCAUCAACCACCUCCGAUAAUGUCAGCAACAACACUUACCUCAACGUCCUUCUUCAUCUUUUUCUUAGUUCUCUUCCUUUCUUCCUCCCCCUCGAACGCAGAUGUAGGCACCGCCGCACGUUACUCUGCUCCAUAUUUACCAUCUAAGUGUUACGGGAGCGAGGCGACAGAGUUUCCGUCGAGCAAUCUAUUCGGGGCGGCCGGAGACGGCAUAUGGGACAAUGGAGCGGCGUGUGGGAGGCAGUAUCUGGUGAGGUGCAUCAGCGCAGAGCAGCCAAGGACUUGCCAUCCGGGACAGAGCAUUCAGAUUAAGAUUGUUGAUUACGCCGCCUCUACGGUGUCUAAUCCCUCUGCUUCCGGCACCACCAUCGUUCUAUCUGACAAGGCAUUUGGGACUAUUGCUAAUUCAUCUGCCACCUUCAUCAACAUUGAAUUUCAACAGGUGUGAUCGAUAUAGUAGUAUAGUACUACAAAUUAAUUAUAUCAGGUUCAGUUUUGGUACAUGCUAUUUCAGUAUUUUGGGAUGAAGUUGAAUUGGUGUUAGCUCUUUGAUUUAGAAGAUUGUCAGAAAGAAAAUUCAAAGGAGAAAGAUAUAUCUCCAUUCAUGAUUCAUCAAAAAGGUGUCGGCAAUUUGAUGGGUGUGAACAAUUUUGUUUGUGGGUUUGGAGUAGUUAAUGAGUUAUUAAUAUUAUUAUUGUUUUGAUAAAGCUAGCUCGUGUGUCCAAAAUUUGCUGGUUUUUGCAAUGUGUUAUAUUUUUUUGGCUGUUUAUAGUUGAAUCAAAGAGUGAAAGAGUGUACAGGGGAGAAGCUACUUGGGAAAUUUCCUCGUCACUUUCUGGCUUUGAAUGCUUCUUUGGCCGUAUAUAAUUUGAUACUAAUUAAAUUAAAGCACUUUCCCUCU